UCUCUCUCUCACCCUUCUCCCUUCCUCGUCCUCCAUCUAGGUAAAUCCAAGAACACCAAAAGUACUUUUCCCUCGAACUUGUCCCCCCUACAAUUCAGUCCGCCCUCCGGCUCUGAAAUUGAAAAAGACGGCUUCCAAGUUACAAAAAUCCCUUGAAAAUUCUUGGCCAAGCCCAAAAUUUGAACAGCUGAAAGGAGAAAAACCCACGAUCUGGAUUCUGAAUUGGAAAAUUUCUCGGGCGAACUUACGAUUUGAGUGCAGGUAUGUGAUCUGAACCACCAUAACGGUGGAUACCGCCAUGACAGCCCACGAAGCUUCCUCUUCGUCCUCCUCCAAGUCCAAGCUCUGGAAGUACGACGUAUUCUUGAGCUUCAGGGGUGAAGACACGCGCAAUGGCUUCACGAGCCACCUCUACGCAGCAUUAAAAGACACAGGAUACCAGGUCUUUAUUGAUGAGAACGAUCUAAAAAGAGGGGAAGAAAUAAAAGAAGAACUGUUUCGGGUAAUCGAAGAGUCGAUAAUCUCUAUCAUUGUCUUCUCAAAGAGAUAUGCGGAUUCGAGUUGGUGUCUUGAUGAGCUGGUGAAGAUCAUGGAGUGCAGAUGCAAACUGGGGCGACAUGUUUUGCCAAUAUUCUAUCACAUUGAUCCUUCGCAUGUCAGGAAGCAGGACGGAGAUUUAGCAGAAGCAUUUCAGAAGCACGAAAAGGACAUCCGUGAAGAAAAAGAUGACAAGAGACGUGAAGCUAAACAAGAAAGGCUAAAGCUGUGGAGAGAGGCUCUCACAAAAGCUGCAAAUUUGUCUGGCCACCAUCUUAAAAUCGCUAACAAUCGGAAGAGGCAGAUAGAGGCUCAUACAGAAGCUACAAAUUUGUCUGACCACCAAACAACUGACAACGGGUGCGAAACAAAGUUCAUUAAAAAAAUUAUUGACGAGAAUAUUUGUGAAUGGCUCACCAGCACUAACGAAUUACAUGUGGCCAAGCACAUAGUUGGAAUCGAUUCUCGUGUUCAAGAUAUUAUCAGUUAUCUUUCAAGUGGUGGAUCAAAUGAUGUUCUCAUGGUUGGAAUUUGGGGGAUGGGUGGAUUGGGUAAAACAACAGCUGCCAAAGCCAUUUAUAACCUUCAUUCUAAGUUUGAAUUCAAAAGUUUCCUUGCCGAUGAUCAUGACGCUACAAAUAAACAUGAUCUGGUUGAUUUGCAAAAAAAACUUAUUUCUGACAUCUUGAAAAAGAAGCCUGAAAUAAGUUGUGUUGACGAAGGUAUCGGCCUGAUAAAACAACAAUUUCGACAUAGAAAGAUACUUGUCAUCGUUGACAACAUAGAUAAACAGGAACAACUGGAUGCAGUAGUUGGAAGUCAUGAUUGGUUUGGUCCUGGAAGUAGAAUUAUCAUAACCACACGAGAUGAACGUCUACUACUAAAUGUGGACAGAGCAUGUCAGGCUAAGAAAAUGAAUGAAGAAGAAGCUCUUGAGCUAUUUAGUUGGCAUGCCUUUAAAAAUAGUUGUCCUAAUCAAGGAUAUCUUGAAGUUUCAAAAAAGGUGGUUUCUUAUUGUGGAGGUUUACCACUAGCUCUUGAAGUUUUAGGAUCUCUUUUGAUUAGAAGAUCGUUGGUGGAGUGGGAAAGUCAAUUGGAGAAAUUGGGAAGAUAUCCACAUGGAAACAUUGUGAAUCAACUCAGAACAAGCUAUGAAGGGCUAGAUUCUUUAGAGAAGGCUAUAUUUCUUGAUAUAUCUUGUUUCUUUAUUGGAAAGGAUAAGGACUACGUCACAAAAGUAUUAGAUGGAUCUGGAUUUUUUGCAUCAAUAGGAAUCGUUGUCCUCCGUGAAAGAUGUCUUGUAACUGUUGAAGGCAACAAGUUGUAUAUGCAUGAUUUGCUUCGAGAAAUGGCCAAAGUAAUCAUUUCUGAAAAAUCUCUUGGUCAUCCUGAAAAAUGGAGUAGGUUGUGGAACCGUCAAGAGGCCGCUGAAGUCUUGAGAAAUAAAUCUGGAACUGAAGAAGUUGAAGGACUUGCUCUAAAUUUCCCUCAUCCUUGGCCUCGAAGCUCUAGCCUGCCUAGUUUCAGUACAGAAGCAUUUGCCAAUAUGAAGAAACUGAGAUUCCUUCAUCUGAAAGACGUUCAGCUCAUUGGAGAAUACAAACAUCUUCCCAAAGAGUUAAUAUGGUUGUGUUGGGUAGGAUGCCCUUUAAAGUCCAUACCAGAUGACUUUUUUGAUCAACCAAGACUAGUUGUUUUAGAAAUGCAGUGUAGCAAACUAGUACAAGUUUGGGAGGGUUAUAAGUUGCUAGAGAGGUUAAAAAUCCUGAAUCUCAGUCGUUCCUACUCUCUAAUUAAAUCACCGGACUUUUCACUGGUCCCAAAUCUUGAAGAGUUGAUACUGGAAGAUUGUGAGAGUUUGUCCGAGAUUCAUCCCUCCAUUGGUCAACUUCAAAAACUUUCUUUGGUGAACCUCAAAGAAUGCGAAAUGCUUAGUUCUCUUCCAAGGGAUUUCUAUAAGUUGAAAUCUGUUGAGACUCUUCUUCUUACUGGCUGUUUGGAAUUCAGAGAAGUGCAUGAGGAUUUAGGGGAGAUGAAAUCAUUGAGAAUACUUGAAGCAGAUUUCACAGGCGUAAGACAAAUACCAUCUUCUAUAGUUAGAUUGAGGAAUCUCACUCUUUUGGAUCUUGGAUGGAAUUAUUUUCAUACCUUACCUAGCCUAAGUGGUCUUACAAAGCUUGAAACAUUGGGGUUAAAUGGCUGCCUUUACCUUCGUACAAUCCCUGAUUUACCAACAAAUUUGAAAUUUUUGUAUGCCGCUAAUUGCCCUGCAUUGGAAACAAUGCCCAAUUUUUCGGAAAUGUCAAAUAUGACAGAGUUGAAGGUAAGUGAUUCGCCCAAACUCACUAUGGUUCCAGGCUUGGAUAAGUCAUUAAACUUCAUGACAUUGAUUGAUAUGAGUAACUGCACCAAUCUCACAGCUGAUUUUGGGAAGAACAUCCUACAGGGAUGGACUUCGUGCGGAUUUGGUGGCGUUUUACUCUAUGGGAAUUUUAUUCCUAAUUGGUUUGAGUUUGUUAACCAUGGCAAUACAGUCAGUUUUGAUAUUCCCCCGAAUGAUGGUCGUACUUUUGAAGGGCUGACUCUGUGCUUUUUGCACAAAUAUGCAUUUGCAAGUAAAUUUGGCAUCACUGUUAUAAAUAAUACCAAGCGCACAAAGUUGCAGGCUUACUUCGGCAGCGGAUAUUGGGAUACGCCUAAACUUUGGCAAGGUCAAGUAUCGAACGAUAAGCUCAAAUUGCAAAGUGGGGAUAAAGUUGAAGUUAUAUUACAACUUUCAAGAAAAUCUGAUUAUUAUAGGUCAUCAAUGAGAACAAUGGUUAAUCUAGUGUGGAACAAACCUAUGAAGGAAAAUUCGCAUGAUUUGGACCAAGCUAGUUAUGUUUUUGACCAACAUCCAGCCCGGUUCUAUGAGGAGUCAUCUGAUAAUUAUGAGCCAUCUAAUGAUUAUGAUCUCAGUAAGUACAUCGGUAGUACUAUAGCAGUGCAUGAUCAUGGUCCUCUCAGUCUUGCACAUUCACAUUUUUCCGUCUUCUAAUACUUUUCCUGCAAGCCAUCAUAUUCAGCCUCAAACUCGUUAUGAGAAUCUCUCAGUACUAGUCCAGCCCCAGGGUUCGGCAGUCAAUGACAGAGGAGAUCAGAUAGCCGACCCAAUGGAGGAAGAUUCUCUUACAC